AUGGAGAAAAGCAAACCCUCAAUAGAGAUCGAUAACAGCAAGAAAGGCCUGUCGUUCAAGAAUUCUAUCAAGAUACUCGGCGUCGUGAUAGACAGAAGAUUAUCGUUCUUCGACCACGCCGAGUAUUUGCAGCGAAAGGCCGAAACACUUGCGCUGAAGUCCAUCACGUUCAUUCGACUGCACGCGACCCUCGAUCCUAAGGUCCGACGGCAGCUGUACCGCCAGGUUCUACUGCCGGCCGUGGCAUACGCUUCACCCGUGUGGUGGAGCGCGAAACCCGACUGCAGGCUCCGGGCGCGGCUCAAUACGGUGCAGCGGACGCUGCUACUGACGCUUACAUUCGCCUAUCGCACCAGGCGCACGGAGGCGCUACAGGUGCUUCUCGACCAGCCGCCACUUGAUUUAGAACUUGACCGCCUCAACGCGGAAUUUGACCUGUUUCAAAGGCGGCGCACGGUCACUUACGGCGGCCAUACUUAUACACCAGCAGAUGUGUUGUAUCCGCGCGAGUGCUGGCGUGACCACCCGUCGGAGGCGCGGGGCUUCCACUUCGUGCGCCUACACGAGAGCGAGGCGCCCGGGGCUUCCACUCGCCCAGGAACGCACGUUUUCACGGACGGGUCCUUCACCACUAGAUCGGCCGGGGCUGCGGUCGUGGUUUUGACACCACGUGACAAAAUACUCGCCGUGCCGCGGUACCGCCUGAGCGUGGCGUGGAGUGCGUAUUUCGCCGAGGUGCUUGCCUUUGAGGAGGCGCUACGUUACGUUUUCUCGCACGCUCACACGCCGCCCUAUUAUAUAUACACUGAUAGCCUCUCGUUACUCACGCCCAUUGCACGGCCUACAACCAAGGACACCAGAAUCAAUGACAUUAAGAAGCUUCUUUGUCACCUGGAGAAGCGCGCCCCGUUCCUCCUGCAUCACGUCCCUGCUCACAGAGGCAUAUUUGGAAAUGAGUUGGCGGAUAUGGCGGCGAGCGCGGCGGCGACUCGAGGUGUCACCAGACGCACGCAGGUUUCCUUCCGUGCCGUCCGUGCCUCAUUCCACGCAGCGAUGACGGCGCAAUGGAAUACUGGAUGGUCAACGGCCCACACCGACACUGAACUGUACCGGUGGGUCCCGACGACGCACAGGAUUCCACGGUUCUUUCCGCCAUCGCGAGAAUUGGCCACGUUGUUGACGGGGCACGGAAGAUUUCCGUUUUACUUCGCGCGGUUCGGCCUGCAACGCGACAAGAUGUGUCCCUGCGGGAAGACGUGCGAAAACACCGCCCAUUUCCUCAACGAUUACGACACAUAA